AUGACUUCAAAGGAGACCAAAGCUGACAUCUACCAGGGGGAUCAUGUCCCCCAGAGCUCACCAUUGCCCGUCUGGAAGCAGACCAAGCUGCGGAAACUCUACCUCAUGAUGGUCUUCCUUUUCAUGGGCUCAACCACGCUCGGCUACGAUUCAAGUUUACUUAACGGCCUUCAAACAAUGGUCUCAUGGCAGACCUUCUUUGAUCACCCCGAAGGAAGUCGUCUCGGUAUAUUUGGCGCAAUGCCCGGCUUCGGCGGUCUCUUCGUUCUCCUCUUCGCUCCCUACGUGGCCGACGGACUCGGCCGAAAGAAGGGUACAGCUAUUGGAUGUGCUAUCGUUAUCGUCGGUGCCCUGAUGCAAUGUUUCCCGCCAAAUGGUUCCGGGGCACGGCGUGAUGCUUUGUACCUUAUUGGACGAUUCAUCAUGGGCUGCGGUUCCAAUAUCUCCAACGCCACUUGUCCGCUCCUCAUCACCGAGAUCGCUCAUCCACAGCAUCGAGGGAAGAUCACGACGGUUUACAACACACUCUGGUAUCUUGGAAGUAUCAUUGCGGCUUGGGUAUGCUUUGGAACGUUGAGAAACCAGACGGGUACUCUCCAGUGGGUUCUUCCUACCGGUUUGCAGUGCCUCAUGCCUGGUAUCCAACUCCUAGCUAUCUUCGUUGUCCCUGAGAGUCCCCGAUGGCUGAUUAGUAAGGGCCGUGAAGAGGAGGCUCGCAAGAUUCUCGUCAAGUAUCACGGCAACGGAGACGAGAAUAACGAGUUUGUGAGGUGGGAACUUACAGAGAUUGUCAACACCAUCAGACUUGAGCGGGAGGCAUCCGGCAAUGGAUGGGCUGAGCUUUGGCGAACUCCUGGUAACCGAAAGAGAUGUGGCUUGAUCAUAGCUACGGCCAUAUUCUCGCAAUGCAGUGGGAAUGGUUUGGUGUCAUACUAUCUUGCGGCCAUUCUCCGGACGAUUGGAAUCACUGAUCCCGUCACUCAAGCAUAUAUCAACGGAGGCCUCACAAUCUGGUGCUGGCUUGUCUCCCUCUUGGCUGCCUUCCUCGUGGAUCGCGUCGGACGACGAGUUCUGUUCCUUUUCGCCGGCGUUGGUAUGCUCGUUUCAUUCAGCACCUGGACUGCAUGCAGCGCAGUAUACGCAAAGACCGAGUCGUCUGCUGCCGGAAUUGCAGUCGUGGCCAUGAUUUUCCUAUUCUACGGUGUUGCAGGUGCUGCAUGGCCCGGCCUGACUGUAUCCUACACUGUGGAAAUUCUGCCAUACAACAUCCGAGCCAAGGGUCUUACUCUUUGCUUCUGCUUCACUGCUCUCUCUGGAGUUUUCAACCAGUGGGUGAAUCCACUUGGACUUCAACAACUCCAAUGGAGGUUUUACUUUGUUUACAUUGCCAUCUUGAUCAUCGAAUGUCUUAUUAUUUACUUCUUCUUUGUUGAGACAAGAGGUCCAACCUUAGAAGAAAUUGCUGUUCUGUUUGAUGGCGCAGACUCUGCUGCUGGUAUUGCAAAGUGCCAAGCUCAGAUGAAGAAUGCAGUCAUAGAAGUUAAACAUGUAUAG